CGCUCUCUUCCUCCCACAGCCCUGCCACCCCCCCUACCCUACUAUGUCCAGAUAACCCCGUCCGUUGACCAUCUCCAUCCCACCCACUCGGAUCGGACCCCCCGGGCCUGUCGAACGAACUGUUUGUCCUGUUGCCAGCAUCAGAAUCCUCGAAUCUCUGAGUCAUCCAUCACCCAUCAGCCAUCACAAUGUUCGAGGACUUCUCCUUCUCGUCCCCCUCGUCGACCAGGCCCUCGCGCCUGGCCCUCGACGGCGAGGACCGCCGCAUGGCGGAUAGCGACAGCGCCCUGAUCUCCCCCAUGUCGUCGCGCUGUCCCUCUCCGCGAUCCCAGCGGUUCUCCCGGGCGGUGCCUCGUUCGCGAUCCUCCUACUUCCGGUCCGGUCAGCAACAGCAACAGCAGCCGCCGACCUCCGUCCCCUUCUCCGCCUACGAUCACAAGCGGCUCUCGAUCAGCACCCUGACCCGGAAACUGCACGAGCACACCCUCCAGAACCCUUACGCCAACGGCGGCGAGGAGAACAACAGCCGCUUCGACUGUCCGGCAUCCCCGACCCCCUCAGACCUAUCCCUGAAUACCGGUGGCAGCAGCGGCGGCGGCGGCAGCAGCAGCAGCAUCUCCAGCAAAUUCCCGGGCUACGUCUUGACCCCGCCGGACACCGACCACGACGAUGAGUCGCUGACCUCGGGGUCGCUCUCCCCGUCGCCUUUCCUCAGCCCCACCUCCAUCCCCGCCGACUUCCCCCCCCUCGCCGACCCCAUGGACCUGUCUGCCAUCCCCGAGCAAGAAGACGCCUGGCACGUCCGCUCCCAACGCCAGCAGAUCUCCCGGCUGCAAUGCAACCAGUCCGACAUCGAGUCCAUCCGCCGCGCUCUUGUCUCCGACGACGAGAUCAUGCGCUCCGCCAUGUCUCUCGACUCCCUCUGCGAAGACGACUGCCACCCCAGCUCCAUCCCCCCGCAGUCCUCCCCGCGCAGACGCGCCCUCACACUCUCCCGGAACCGCUUCCGCAAUACCCAGCCCGCAUCGGACUCCUCUUCGGGGGCGGUGUCCGUGUCCGAGCCCCGUUCCCGCCGGAAGAGCAGCGUCUCGUCGCAUCGCAUUGAGAAGAACUACCACUGUCCGUCAACCCGGGAGCUGCGCAAGAAGAGUGAACAGGGCUUGAGACGGAAGAGUCUGGUCAGUGCGGCUUUGGCGUCAAUGGUGGAGCCGGUUCCGGAUGAGGAGGAUGAGGAGGAAUGAUUCGAUUGAUCCCAGUCGAGUCGAGUCUCUCCUUCCUUUUGGUUUCCUCUUGAACUUUCUUCCAUCUCUCUUUCCUCAACUUUCU